AUGCGGAUUCCGUAUCCUAUACGACCAAGAGGUGCAAGAAUACUGGAAAGCAACAGUGCAGACUUUGAUCGCUCUUUUGAAAACCAUCUCCGAAGCAACAUGCUUAAACAAAUAGUCACAAGCUUUUUGAAGGGUUUUCAACAACAGGACUUUGCUGAUCCCUCCGCGAACAUACUAUUGUAUAAGAAUCAGCUCCAGGACUUUGACCGUUGCUCAAUCUAUAAUUCUUGUUUCCCCCCAAACGAGAUUGUAGAAUGGUUCGAGCUUCAAAGCAAUGGACCCUCAAUAACAAAAUUAACAAUCCUGCUGCCACCAGAUCUAUAUAGAGAUGCUAAUUGGAUAGGAUUGGCAUUCUGUGCAUCCUUUGCAGCUCUGAAGAAUUCAAGUGCCAACUUUGCCAAUAAUGUGGAUCCAGGACUUCCUCACCACCUUACAUGUCACUUGGAAAAGGAUGAUGGAGGUAGUCUGGAAUCUCUCCAUGACUAUUGCACCACCAAUGAAGAAUUUCAAUGGAUGCAUCUAGGAGGAUUUAUGUGGCUCUCCUAUAUACCGCGAACAUGGUUUUCGGAUCAGCUGAAUGAUUGUGGUUGCCUGGAGGCUUCAAUUACCGCUUUGUUGGAUCUUUAUGAGGAGAAGCAAGACCAUGAGGCAGAUGGAACUAGCAGAACAUUGGCCGAUAAUCAUGAUGGAGAAACCAGUAAUGCAAAUGGUAUCAGGGAUCGGGACUUUGACUGUGCCUUGACGUACAAUUCUUGUUUCUCUCCAAGUGAUAUUGUAGAGUGGUUCGGGCAUCAUAGCAAUGGCCCUUCAGUAAAAAUCCCGCUACCAUCAAAUCUAUACAAGGAGAAUACUAAUUGGGUAGGACUGGCUCUGUGCGCAUACUUUUCAGUUCUUGACCCUUCGAAUGCCAGCCUUGAUCAUUUGGAUUCUGAAAAACUUGAUCACCACCUUACAUGUUAUUUGGAAACUGAUAGCUGUAGUACGGACUUUUUCCAUUGCUACAUCACCAAAAACAAAGAAUUCAAAUGGUUGCAUCUAGGAGGAUUCUUAUGGGUAUCCUACAUACCACGAAGGUUAUUGAGUUUGGAUCAUCAGUCAAAUGAGUGCAUUAACCUGGAGGCUUCUAUUGGAAGUGAUCGUCAAGGCUUGGGGGUGCUCAAGUGUGGGCUUCGUCUUCUAUAUCAACAUGAUGUGGAAGAGUUCAAGAAAACCAUUAUGCACUGCAAGACCUCCUUGUCUGAACAUUACAAUGGAGAAAAUAAGCCUGACGUUUGGGGUGAGACCGAAUCAUCUAGUACUAGCAGCAAGUGUGUCAUUGGGGGACCUCACAGUGGUAAAUUAGAAAGACCCCAAAUUGAUAAGGGUAAAGGAGUGCAGGGUAAAUGAGUGCUGGUGUCUGGUUGGUAAAUGUACUGCUGGGAUAUAAGUUACUAGGUUCCAAUGUUGUGGACUUGCUGAAACGUGGAAAGAAAUUUUGCUACUGCCAGAAGCAUAGUAAACGAGCACCAGGCAGGGUCAUGUUGCAGAUGAUUUUCUCGUAAAAGUGUGCAUUUGAUCAGUUUGAGGACUAUGUUGCUUGAAAAAUUAAAAAUUUCACUGGUUUGUUCAUGUACUUGGUGAGAAAUCUGUUAGCUUAUAUCAAACUGCAGAUAGUGACUCACUGUGAAUCAAAUUGAAUUUGAAUUAUCCAAUUGAGUGCAAUGAUUUUUCUUCCAGAAUCAUUCUGUAAAUCAUGAUUUGUUUUAAUCAUUUCUCUUGGUCACUUGUGUACAUGUACUGAUGAGUGGCUUUACAAGAAUGAGUGAAAUACAUUCGGUGCUAACUGUGGGAAAGAAACACCGAGUUACUCUCUUAUUCAACCUGCCUUGGCCCUGCCACAUAACUACAAGGAUCGAAGGGAUUAUGGCAGACCAUGUUCACCAAAAAAUGACCCGAGAAUUUAUCUUUUGCUCUUUCAGAUUGUUCCUUUUAAUCGUAAUCAGUGGUUUUCUUGUAUCUCGUUUCUUUUCCGAACCACAUACGCCACGAUUCUUCUUUUUCGGGAGUAAUUAAGCAAGGCAGGUACAGCAUAAGGACUCGGGCUCUCUCUAAUGUGACCUCCUUGCCACUUCGCUUCUUAUUAACUUCCUCACUCUGUUUGCUUUGCAACCCUACUUCUUUGACUUUUUAACCAUUUUGUUCAUGCUAAAGAAAACGUUUCAGUAUUAGUUUGGUGAGCAAUCUAACCUAUGGUUAAUUUUUCUGCUCACAAAGUCACAAUCGUCAACAACCUGAGAUCAAAAGAUUAAAAAGCAAUUUGAGUAUGAAGUGUAGUUGCUAGGAGCCGGUUAUCUCUUUUUUACUUCUUUAACUGUACUAGUGGAAUAAUGAAUUAUUAUUAAUUUUUCUCAUUCUCAUUAGGCCAAGUAUGUUCGCGUAAUGAGGAGUGUUUACGAUUAGUUAGAAGAGUGAAAAUCAUUUUCAUUCCAGUUUUUCUAUUAAGACUUCCAAAUCUGCUCACUUAACCUCAUUUUCUUUUAAAUUUUAUUACAUUUCUUAUUUUUCUCUAAUAAUGAAAAUAAUAUGCAAUAUUUUUCUUAUUCAUUUCAACUUUCAAUUCCCAGAUUUUCAUCACUUUUGUUUUUGGUGAAAGCUUUUGAAUAUGCAUCAAAAAUAGGGGAAACUUACAUUCAAACUUGCUCGCCAUGUUUUUUUUUUUUUUUUUUUAAGAAACUGGCUAUAUUUAUACCACAACAAAAUUAUGCAGUCAGAUGCAUAAUCGUAGCUGGACUCAAACUUCGCGAAUCAAAAUGAUAGUAUAUGCAAUAAAUUGGCUGAAUAAGAAGCCAACAAUUAAAAAAAUAAUCUAAGCUCUCCACUUUAAUUGUGCGUACUUGUCCAAAAGAAAUUGCUAUUGAAAAGUAGAAAGAGAGAAAAAAACCUAACCAUCCUUGGUUGUACAUGCUCGUCUAAAAAGAAAAGUAGAGUGGUUAGUUACAAAUUCUAAAUUGUGAAAAAAAUAUAAAAAACUAAUUAGAUAGUUUGUGUUUCACAAUUUUUUGGUUGGC